AUGGCUAAGAGAACUCAAAAGGUCGGUAUCACCAGAAAGUACGGAACAAGAUAUGGUGCUUCCCUCAGAAAGGUCGUCAAGAAGUUCGAAAUUACCCAACACGCUAAGUACGGUUGCCCCUUCUGCGGUAAGGUUGCUGUCAAGAGAGCCGCCGUUGGUAUCUGGAAGUGCAAGCCCUGCAAGAAGAUCAUCGCUGGUGGUGCUUGGGAACUUACCACCCCUCCCGCCGUCACUGCUAAGACUACCAUGAACCGUCUUAAGAAGUUAUAAGAAGAACAAGCUGCCGCCGCUGCCUUGGAAAAGAAAAACUGA